CGGGCCGCCAUUUUUAAACCGUUCCCUCACACCCCGUCGCUUCACACAGCUGAAUAUAUUAAGCCUCCAAAUAACCGGUAACGUAUUUAUAUUCCGUUCGCGCGCUCUCCUAAAGAAAACAAACACGGCCAGCACUUGUUUCAAAAAAGAAAAAUAAAUAAAGAAGUUGAGGAGGAGCUACACUACAGACAAGAAGUUGCGCGUUUUUAUUCUGAUGAGGAUAUUAUUAAGCGGGAUUAUAAGAUUCGUUUCUGGAUUUCGGAUUUAUCCUCAUCGGGAUCUUGAGGAAUAACGUUCCAGCAAAUCCAGUCGGACUGACAGGUGCUUGAUCAGGAUGUUGCAGUGAUUGCGGUGAAACAUCUGGUCAUGAUGAUGUGGAGUUUUGGGAACCCGACCUGUGCGAAUCAGGCCAACUGUUACAGCAAUGCUUCCAAAGACUACUGCUACUCGGCCCGGAUCCGCAGUACCGUGCUGCAGGGGCUGCCCUUCGGAGGGGUUCCCACCGUCCUCGCACUGGACUUCAUGUGCUUCCUGGCUCUUCUUUUUGUCUUCUCCAUCUUGCGGAAAGUGGCAUGGGAUUACGGCCGUCUGGCUCUGGUGACCGAUGCUGACAGACAGAAGAGAAGAUUCAGCGGUCUGGAGGAGCGGGAGUAUGUGGCUUCAGCUCUUCAUUCUGAAACACCAGACCGUUAUGAACGUCUCACCUCCGUCUCCAGCUCGGUGGACUUCGAACAACGAGAUAAUGGCUUCUGUUCCUGGUUGACGGCCAUAUUCAGAAUAAAGGACGAGGAGAUCCGGGAGAAGUGUGGUGAAGAUGCCGUUCAUUACCUGUCGUUCCAGAGGCACAUCAUUGGUCUGCUGGUUGUGGUGGGGGUGCUGUCGGUGGGCAUCGUUCUGCCGGUCAACUUCUCAGGAAACCUGCUGGAGAACAAUGCAUACAGCUUUGGACGCACAACGAUCGCCAACUUGAAUUCUGGGAAUAACCUCUUAUGGCUGCACACAUCCUUUGCCUUCAUGUACCUGCUCCUCACCGUCUACAGCAUGAGACGCCACACGUCCAAGAUGCACUACAAAGAAGAUGAUCUGGUGAAGCGCACUUUAUUUAUCAACGGCAUCUCCAAAUACGCAGAAGAAAGCCAUAUCAAACAGCACUUUGAACAGGCGUACGAGAACUGUGUCGUACUGGAAGCGCGUGUGUGUUACAACGUGGCCAAACUGAUGUCCCUCAACGCUGAGAGGAAGAAGACUGAACGCAGUAAGAAGUUUUUCACAGAUCUGAUGGCUAAGGAGCACAUCCCCGCCAUGAUCAACCCCAAACCCUGCGGUCACCUGUGCUGCUGCGCCAUUACAGGCUGUGAAGAGGAGGAGGCCGUGAGUUAUUACACCAAACUGGAGGCCAAGCUGAAGGAGGACUACAGGAAGGAGAAGGAGAAAGUCAACACCAAACCUCUGGGCAUGGCCUUCGUCACCUUCCAGAACGAGGCCAUGACUGCAAUCAUCCUGAAGGACUUUAAUGCGUGUCAGUGUCAGGGCUGUAACUGUCGUCAGGAGCCGCGCUCCUCUCAGUUCAGUGACGGUCUUCAUGUCAGUAACUGGAGCGUCAUCUACGCACCGGACCCCCAAAACGUGCGCUGGGAGAAUCUGUCUUUGGGAGGAGUUUCCUGGUGGCUUCGCUGCUUCAUCAUUAACUGCAUCCUCUUCCUCCUCCUCUUCUUCCUCACCACUCCGGCCAUCAUCAUCUCCACGAUGGACAAGUUCAACGUCACCAAGCCUGUGGAGUAUCUGAACAACCCAAUCGUCACCCAGUUUUUCCCCACGCUGCUCCUCUGGGCCUUCUCCGCCCUGCUGCCCACCAUCGUCUACUACUCCGCCUUCCUCGAAGCCCACUGGACCAGGUCGGGCGAGAACAGGACCACCAUGCACAAGUGCUACACCUUCCUGAUCUUCAUGGUUCUGCUGCUGCCGUCUCUGGGUCUCAGCAGUUUGGACGUUUUCUUCCGCUGGCUGUUCGAUAAAAAAUUCCUGGCCGAAGCCACCGUCAGAUUUGAGUGUGUCUUCCUUCCUGAUAACGGAGCGUUCUUUGUGAAUUACGUCAUCGCGUCGGCGUUCAUCGGAAACGCCAUGGAUCUGCUGCGGAUUCCAGGUCUGCUCAUGUACAUGAUCCGGCUGUGUUUGGCUCGCUCGGCCGCGGAGAGACGCAACGUCAAACGGCAUCAAGCCUUUGAGUUUCAGUUCGGAGCUGCCUACGCCUGGAUGAUGUGCGUUUUCACCGUCGUUAUGACGUACAGCAUCACCUGUCCAAUCAUCGUCCCCUUCGGGCUGAUGUACAUGCUCCUGAAGCACCUGGUGGACCGCUACAACAUGUACUACGCUUACCUGCCCUCCAAACUGGACAAGAAGAUCCACUCGGGAGCUGUCAAUCAAGUGGUGGCCGCGCCCAUCCUGUGCCUCUUCUGGCUGCUGUUCUUCUCCACCAUGAGGACAGGGUUCUUGACACCGACGUCUAUGUUCACCUUCGUGGUGCUCAUCAUCACCAUCGUGGUCUGCCUGUCGCACGUGUGUUUCGGUCACUUCAAGUACCUCAGCGCGCACAACUACAAGAUCGACAGCAAGGACACGGAGAUCGACGGAGUGGAGAACGGCCGUCCUGCGAGAUCCUCCCCCUCCAACAAAUCUCAGCAGCAGAUGUACAUCGCUCAGGUCCUGCAGGACCCAAACUGUGACGAGACCGGAGCAGGCAGCGGAGAGUCCUCGCAGGACGAGGAGAUGAUCAACGCCGGGAACGGCCUAAACGAGGCCGACUUCCAGUCCGGAGAAGACAGUCUCAUCGCCAACGAGGUCCACCAGUAACACAGCCGAGAGAUCGACACAAACCCGCACGCGUCUGUCCCCGUCGAGCGCUGUUAGAAACCCACGUCUCCAUAAGCACACGCUCCAAAUCCACUAGGAUUUCCCUUUUCGAAAAGAUUCCGAAAAAAGCCUCAGGAAAUGGAACACCGGAUGUUUUCGCCGCGCUCUUUCUCCUGUGGUUCGCCUUAACAGCGAUCGUAUUUCUUAAUAGUUCUUUACCGAAGCGAUUGGAUUUCACAAACAUCCGGCAUUCCAAAGGAAACGUGCGUUAGCUAGCGAGAGCACACCGUCGGAAUUCGGCUUGAAAUCCCAAACCGUUUUCGACCGAACAAACUGCGUUCCCUGUACAGUAUUCAUCCAGGACAGACGGCAAUGCCAUUCUUGAAUUAUUUCGCGAUCUGAACUUGAUCUCAGUGUGCAGUAUUUCCAGAAACCAUGUUCUUAUGUUUCCGUUUUGGUAUUUUUAACGCAAUUGUUUUUGUCUUUAACGGAUGUGUUUGUGUAUGCCUGCAACAGAUUACUGAUAUAUUCCCGACUAGAUGCAAAACAGCGAUGGAAAAUCAGCGAUUCGGGACGUUCAAGAAGAUUCGUGGUGAACCGAAUGCGUUUGAUCAGGAAACUGCCAAUUCAUAUCUUGGUUCUCUGUCGGCUAGAUAGUGUGAACGAGGACAGCUAGAUGAAAAACAGGCUCUUGUUUGGUGCCUGAGAUGUUUCGGGAGAAAUCUGGUGUUUGAAUCUGCUUACGAGCGCCUGACUGACUUUGUGUUUUUUCUAGUUGUCUAGUUAAAUCUGGUGAUGUGGCUCUAAUCUAAAUCUAAUAAUUUAGUGAGCUUUAUAAGGAAAAUGAGAACAAAAAUCCAACGCAAGAGAUCUGGACUUGUUCGCUACAAACCCCAAGCUGAGAUAACCCUUAAUUAUAAUUUAUAAAAGAAAAGAAUGAAGAAUUAUAAUGUGUAACUUUAUUUCAUUAGAUCCAUCUUGAAGGAGUAGUUCACUCAAAAAGGACAAUUUUACAUCUCAGGUCACGCGAGAUGUAGAAGAGUUUGUUUCUUCAUCAGAUUUGGAGAAAGGUAGCAUUGCAUCACUUGCUCUGGAGUGAAUGGGUGCCGUCAGAAUGAGAGUCUGAGAAAAACAUCACAAUAAUCCGCAGCACUCCAGUCCAUCAGUGAAGACAAAAACUUGAAAAUUGAAAUUAAGCCAUUGUUAAUUUCACACCGUUUCUUCUUUCAGCAAAAAUAAGAAUCCAUAAACCAUAAUAAUGCUUCAACCUUUCUGACGGCACCCAUUCACUCCAGAAGAUCCACUGGUGAGCAAGUUAUGUAAGUCUACAUUUCUCCAAAUAUGAUGAAGUAACAAACUCCUCUCGGAUGGCCUGAGUAAAUUUUCAACACAAUACGUGAACUAUUCGUUUAAAUCCAUCGAAAACGGAUGGAAAUCCCAGUCUGAGAGGUUUCUACAGGAGCCAAUCAUGUUUCAGAGUGGCAUAUUGUCAGAAUAAAACAGGAACCAGUUAGUUUUCUUCCAGAAAUGGACCACAACAUGUACAGAUCUGAUGUACAAACCGGUUUAAUUCUGCAGGACAUUACACACCUUGGGUCGGGUGAACGAACAUGAAUUUUCCGAUGCGUUUACUGGGAGUUUUACACUGAUGGUUUUAAUUCCUGUGUUGUUUCCGAAUCCUCAAAGUUAUAAACUGUAUGCAAAAACAAAAAUAAGCUGGUGAUGAAGAUGAAUCUUAAGGAGGAUCUGUUACCGGUUAUACUGGAGUCAGCAAAUAACUGGUACUAAAAUGGCACAAAGUGAACUGAAAUCGAACAGCCUCCGAUGGUCUUUGACUUUCCAAACGAUAGGAAUGUUUACAUCUGUUCACUUUUCCUUGUUUUCCUUCUGGAUUCUGCAUUUCUCUUGGAUGAAGACACCGAUGGUAACCUAUGAAAGCUGUAGCUGUGUGUGUAGUUUGGGUUUGGAGGAAGAAGCUACACGCUGGAGAUGCUGACGUAUAUCUGUGUCUUGAUGAUGAGCGGUGUGUGUGUAUCUUCUGUGAUGAAUGUGAACGUGAGCACAAGAUAUUUAAAAAGCACUCUGUAGAUCCAAAGGAAGGUCAUUUCUUAGUUUCUGGUUCGUCUUUAAGGCUCCCUCGCCGGCUUCUUAUUGAGUUAAUGAAGUGAAGUUUCUUCAGCAUUUGGCAGUGAAGUAAAGAGCGGUGUGGGUAGUUUUGUGAAACCGUACAAGAAACAGUAAAUGUUCAGUCUGAUACCAGUCGUGUAUUAAAGAUGUCGCUCACUGGAUUUUUAAUACAUCAUGACUUUUGCUUUGUUUUAUAAGCUAACCGUUUAAGUCUUUUAGAACGGAAACGCUGUGCAUUAUGCAAGAAUGAGUCGCAGUAUGUUUGUGUUCGUUCUGAUGGCGAUGUACAGUAGGUCUGAAAGGGGCCGAAAUGUUACCAAAUGUCAUCUUAACUGGUUUGUGUUCCUCUAUAGAGUCUGCUCACAUUCAGCUGCAUACACGGACUGAUCUAGAACCUGUGUGACAUUUGUUUUGACGCUUUUUCUGUCCGAAGGUCGUCCUUACGGUGAAGCAUUUGUCAUCUUCAGUUUCUUGAUCAAUAAAAGUUGGAAU